AUGGCGCUUCCAGUAGCGGAGGAAGGAAAGCUUCUCAGCGAGGCUCUGAAUACCGUGAAGAUCCAGUUUCAACAAAUGAGAAAGAAUCUUGAACUGGAUCAACUUAUGGAUGCUCUGAAAAGUGCAAGUUUAAUGCUUGCAGAACUUCGCACCUCUUCCUUGUCGCCGAAGCAAUAUUACGAGCUCUAUAUGUCCGUAUUUGAUGCUCUACGACACCUCUCAAAUUAUCUUUAUGACGCCCAUACUCAAGGCCGACAUCACUUAGCAGACCUCUACGAGCUUGUGCAAUACGCAGGCAACAUCAUUCCUCGACUCUACCUCAUGAUCACUGUUGGGUCAGUAUAUAUGUCCAUACCAGACGCUCCUGUAAAGGAAAUAAUGAAGGACAUGAUGGAAAUGUCCCGCGGGGUGCUUCACCCGAUCAGAGGUCUUUUCCUGAGGCACUACCUCAGCGGACAGACUCGGGAUCACCUUCCAGUCGGCGUUGACCCUGGUCCCAUGGGCAAUCUCCAAGACUCCAUCACAUUCGUCCUCACCAAUUUCGUCGAAAUGAACAAGCUAUGGGUCCGGUUACAACAUCAAGGGCAUUCGCGCGAUCGCGAAAAGAGAGAAAUGGAACGGAAGGAGCUGCGCAUACUCGUUGGGACCAAUCUUGUUCGACUCAGUCAACUAGAUGGUGUCGACCUCGACAUGUACCAACAACUCAUUCUACCAAGUAUCCUUGAGCAAGUCGUCAAUUGUAAAGACGUUAUCGCACAAGAAUACCUCAUGGAAGUAGUCAUCCAGGUGUUCACCGACGAAUUCCACCUUUUCUCACUAGGUCCCUUCCUAUCUGCUACCGCCCAACUUCAUCCAAAGGUCAACAUCAAGGCAAUCGUCAUUGCGUUGAUUGAUAGGUUAGCUGCGUACGCAGCGCGAGAAGCAGAAAGCGAAGAUCCGGAGGAAACGAAACGACAGGAAGAAGCUGCGGCGCGUCGUUUAGCCGAAAGAGUCAGGAUUCAGAAAGCAAAAGCUCGAGAAAGCACUUUGUCACUGACUAGCACAACAGACGCGCCGGAUGCGAGUGCUUGGGAAUCUACCGCUAGUUUUACCGCUACGGUGGAGUCGGAGACCCCGACAGUCGUUGAAAACCACGGAGUUGAGGAGACGUCGAGCGAUGUCACCCAUGAAAUAAAAGGCAAAGAUAAAGAAGGUUCUCCUAGUCGAAAAUUCCGAGGUGUACCCGAAAACGUACAGCUUUUCGAGGUCUUUUGGAAACAAGUCGUUGAACUGAUUAAGGCUCGACCGGACUUGUCGAUACAGGAUAUCACGGCGCUUUUCGUGUCGUUGACAAACCUCUCUCUCAGUUGCUAUCCUGACCGUUUAGAAUAUGUUGAUCAAAUCCUCGCCUACGCGGCAGAGAAAAUCAAAGAAUUUAACGAUAAUCCUGAUUUGCACGCUCAACAGACUAGUGCAAAUCUCGCUGCGCUUCUGGUCGCACCCAUAAACUCUUACCAGUCUGUCCUCACUCUUCUCGCCAUUCCAAAUUAUGCACCUCUUUUGUCACGCCAACUUUUCUCCACUCGACGUUCCAUUGCUCAUUCCAUCAUAUCUUCUGUGUUGAAGAAUGAAACCAUAGUAGAAACUCCAGAAGACGUGGACGGAGUGCUAGAGCUAUGCCAUGUUCUUAUCAAGGACCAAUCGGAUUCGGCUUCGAAUCCUGCGAAUGGCACUGGUACUGCGGUGAGGCGGCAAGGACCUCCUCAUUUCAUUGAACGGGAGGAGAUGGCCGAAGAACAAGGUUGGGUGGCAAGGAUGGUACAUUUGUUUAAGGCUGAAUCGUUAGAUGUGCAAUUUGAGUUAUUACAAACAGCGCGGAGACAUUUCGAUCUCGGAGGAGAACGUAUGCGCUUCACCUUCCCUGCGCUCAUUACAUCGUCGAUCAAGUUGUGUCGAAGGUAUCAUACACGGGAGCACCUGGAAAACGACUGGCAAACAAAAGUCAGUACCAUCCUCAAAUUCGUACGUCAGCUUUCAUCCAUCCUCGCCAAUCAAGUGGAAGCACCAUCUAUCGCUCUUCGUCUAUUCCUCCUUGCAGCCCAGAUAUCCGACGAGUGUGGGUUCGAAGACCUAACGUAUGACUUUUAUGUUCAAGCAUUCAGUGUAUACGAAGACAGCAUAUCAGAGUCUCGAGCUCAACUACAAGCGAUCACUUUGAUCAUUGGAACACUUCAUGGCGCCAAGGUGUUCGGAGUAGACAAUUAUGAUACCCUGAUCACCAAGGCGGCCUUACAUGGUGCCAAGUUGUUGAAGAAGAGUCAUCAGGCCACAGCGGUCGGGCUAGCUAGUCAUCUAUGGUGGCAGGAGGCGCCCCCGCCAACAGAUAGCGAGGAAUCUCAGCCCACAGCCAAGGAACCUAAGGAUGAUGAUUCAGAAAACUCAUAUCCACACCAAGAUAGCAAGCGUGUACUCGAGUGCUUACAGAAGUCUUUGCGUAUAGCAAGAUCUGCGAUCGAGGAAAUUGUCACUGUGCAGCUGUAUUGCGAUACGUUAGAUCAUUAUUUGUACUAUUUUGACAAGGGUGCUCCAGCGGUCGCACCGAAAUUCAUAAAUAACCUAGUCGAACUUAUAACCUCCAGUAUCGACAACAUCCAAUCACCAGACGUACACCCUUCACAAAGGGCUCCUCCUGGGUUGAUUGAGGGUGUACAAACACCGGAAAUGAUUAUGAGGCAUUUUAAGAAUAAUCUAUAUUACAUUCAACGACGGAAAGAUACAGCAGCGGAGGGCAACUCGGAUAGUGACUCGAGAUGGGAUGAGGUCGAAGUAGUGGGUGCCUUGUUGAAAAUGGGCAUUCGUCGGCUCUGA